AUGUCUAGUCGUCAAGGUGGUAAGGCCAAGCCUUUGAAAGCCCCAAAGAAGAAACUAGUUGAAGGAGAUGAAGAUGAUGCUGCUUUUAAAGCCAAGCAGAAAGCCGAUGCCGCUGCCAAAAAGGCUAUGGCUGAAAAGGCUAAAAAAGGUGGUCCAUUAAUUGGAGGUGGUAUUAAAAAAAGUGAGAAUGCAUGGAAGUCAAGUGACUACGACUUAUCAGCUGUGAUGAAUAGACCUUGGCUGUAA